CUUCCUCACCCCCCCCCCCCCCUUCUUUAACUUUUUUUGCCCCACUUUUUCCCUGUUCUCUCACUAUAUUCAUCAACUCAUAUUGAAGUAUGUCCUUACAAUCUCAUCUAGAGAAUUCGGUUGUCUCUGCAGAUACUGAUCAAACUCUAUUUCCAGAAAACGAACAACAUGUCAAGAACUCUCCGGAGACCUUCCUUGAUCUACCACCGGAAUCAUUUUGGAUCCCAAAAGACUCCGAACAAGAUUGGUUUGAUGAAAAUGCAACCAUACAACGUAUGACCUCAAUGAAACUUGGUUUUUUUGGCAAAGCAAAUCACCAUUCCAAAUCUUUCUCUCAUCGUUCUUUCGCUUCGUUGAAUCAUCAUCAAAAACCAAAAUCAACAUCUCUUUUUGCUCUUCCCAAAGCCCAAAAAACUAGCUCAACCGAAGGAAAUCUCAAGCAGAAAAAGGUGCCGAAAAGUUUAUUCAGAAGCCGGUCUGAACCGGGUAACAAAGGGAUUAGGAAUGUGCGUGAACCGGGUUCACCUAAGGUUUCUUGUAUCGGGAGGGUUAGGUCAAAGAAAGACAGAGGUAUAAGAACCGGGUUCUGGAAAAAGUUACGGAAUAUUCUGAAGAUUCGGCCGAAAGCAAAAAGUGUGGCUAAUGUUGAAACUGUUAAACCGGCCGGUUCAGUUGGCGUGAAGCGGUUAGAGACUAGUGGCCGGUCAGAGUCAUAGAGCGGCAAUGAUAAUAUGGGCUUAUUGGGCUUUACACGUAUGCUUAGUGGGCCCACAUUUUGUUUCGUUAGGCCGUGAUUUGAGGCCUGUAUGGCCCACUACAAGUAUAAACAAACAGCUAUACGAUUCCACCAUUUGAUAUUUCAUUCUUUAAAUUUUGUGAAAAUAUAUAUAUUCAAAUUCAAGUUGUUGUGCACGUUGAAUUUAGUAUUAUUUUGAGAUACAGAGUAA